AUGGAUCAAAUUGAGGAUUUUAAAAAGAUGGAAGACAUUAGCAGAUCAGAGGGACAGUCACAAACCAGAGACCACAUCUCUCUUGAAAUCACUUCUGAAAGUGGUGGACUUGUAUCUCAGAUCAAAGAAAAAAUGGAAAACAUUGCUGUAUCAGUAUCUAUCUUCAGAGUCCCUAACGAAAAAAAAUGUGCCCCGGAUUAUGUCUCCAUUGGCCCUUUGCACUAUAAACAGUUACGUGAUAGCAAAGUCUCGGAGGAUGAUAAGUGGCGCUACUGCUAUGCACUCCUCAAUCGAAAGCCAAAUCUAGAAGCAAGCCUCGACACCUGCGUGAAAGCCCUGAAACAAAUGGAGAACAAGGCACGAAGAUGUUACAAUGAAGACAUCAGUCUCACUAGUGAUGAAUUUGUGCAGUUGAUGCUAAUUGACACCUGCUUCAUCAUUGAGCUAUUUCUCAAGUAUUCAUACAAGAGCCUUAGGUCUCGCCGUGAUCCCAUCUUCAAUAGCCCUGGUAUGCUCAUAGAAUUGAGAUGUAACAUGGUGGUACUCGAAAACCAAAUCCCCUUCUUUGUUGUUCAAAGGUUGUUCCAAUUAGUACCACUUCCAACACAAUGUACCGAGUCCCUCAGCGAACUUGCUACACGUUUCUUCAAGUACCUUCUACCAGGAGAGUAUCGUCGUGAGCAAGAAGGGCAUCAUUUACUCGAUCUAAUUCGACACUGCAUCCUCCCAACACAUCAUAAGCUACAAUCGACAGGCAAGAAAACUCCGGACUACUUGGAUUGCGUAAAGAAGCUAAAAAGAGCAGGGGUUAAAUUCCAAUGUGCUACCGUGGUACACAGUUUCUUGGAUGUCAAGUUUACUAAUGGUGUGUUCAAAAUGCCACCUCUUUUAGUCCAUCACUGCACUGAAACACUCCUCAAGAACCUCAUUGCACUCGAGCAGCGACACAUUGGGGAUGAUCCGGUGCAGCAUAUCACAUCUUAUGCAUACUUAAUGGGGUGCCUGAUCCAGUCCGAGAAAGAUGUGAAAUUGCUGCGGAAAAAACAGAUUCUUGUGCAUGAGGAGAAGAAUGACAAGGAGGUUUUUGAAGUGUUGAAGAAGUUGUGCGAGCAGAUCGAUUUGAAGGAUUUUUACUAUGUGAGGCUUUUUGAUGAGGUGGGUGAAUUUAUGAAGAGAAAGAGCUGGCACACGAAGAAGCAAAAGUUGAAGAGUACAUACCAUCCCAAGACUCCUUCGGCCGUUGCGGUGCUUGUUGUUGCCGUUUUGGCUCUUCUUCUCACAUUUGUUGGAGCUUUCUUUUCUAUACUCACAUUCGCUCGCCACCAUAUUUAG